AUCAAUAUUCUAGUGAAAGUUUGAGAGAAUUAGAUAUAGAUUGGGAAGAGCAAUUACUUGACAAUAUAGAUUGGGAGGAUAAUGUGACAGAAUAUUUACAUGAUUAUAUAACUUUGUACAAUUUGGAGGAUUACAAAAAAUAUUUGCAAGAUAAUGAUAAUGAUUUGAUGAAUUCAGAUAAUAAUACGGAGCAAAAUACCCAAGAAUCAAAUUAUUUAAGAGCCAAUCACAAUCUUUUAAAGGAUUUAAUGAAAAAUAUA